AUGGAAGAGGCUAUUGUGUCCUUAGCUAUUGAAAGAAUAUCCGAUUUACUCAUUCAGGAAGCUGUUUUCCUGCUUGGAGUUCGUGACGAAGUGGAGGGCCUCAAGGCUGAACUUGAGCGGAUGAAGAGCUCCUUGAAGGAUGCGGACAAAAAGCCAGACCAAAAUGAGCUUACCCGCACUUUGGUGAGACAAAUCAGUGAUCUUGCUUAUGAAGCAGAAGAUGUUAUUGACUCCUUCAUUCUUCAAGUAGCACAUCGAGGAGGCUUUCAUGGAAUAAUCGAGAGAUUCACCAAGCCUUUUCAUCUGCACAAAAUCGGGGUGAAGGUCAAAGCAAUCCAGACUAAGCUUGAAGGUCUUUCUAAGGCUCUUCCAGCUUAUAAUCAGAUAUCUGGUGGAGAGGGGUCUAGCUCUAUUUUCGAGAUGCAGCAGCGGUUAAGGAGAACAUAUACACAUGUUGAGGAAGAGGAUGUCGUUAGCUUGCAAGGUAUCACAAAUGAGGUUUUGGCUCAGCUGAUGACAGAAGCAGAUAGACCUCAUGUCGUUGUUUCGAUAGUCGGCAUGGGGGGCAUUGGUAAGACCACUCUUGCAAAAAAAGUAUACAAGCAUAUUGAUGUGAGACAAUCUUUUGAUUGUUUUGCAUGGGCUUUUAUAUCUCGACAAUGUAUGCCAAGAGAAGUUUUGCAUGAUCUCCUCAUAAAACUUCUCACUCCUUCUAAAGAAGAAAGGAAGCUAAUUGAUAAACUGCAAGAGAACGAGUUGAUGGAAAAGGUUUAUAAUUUGUUGAAAGAAAAACGAUUCUUGGUGGUCUUUGAUGAUAUUUGGAGAAACGAGCAUUGGAAUAUUCUCAAGCCUGCUUUUCCACGAGGAAAAAGGGGAAGCAAAAUUUUAUUUACAACACGCCACAAGGAAGUGGCCUUACAUGCUGAUCCUUGCAACUUCCCAAUAGAGCUUCCACUCCUUACAGAUGAUGAAAGUUGGAAACUUUUUAGAAUGAAGGCAUUCCCAGGAAACAGGACAGAGUUUCAUACUUGCUUAGAAGAAUUGGAGAUGCUAGGAAGAAAAAUGGUAAAAAAAUGUGGAGGUCUACCUUUGGCAAUUGCUACGUUGGGAGGCUUGCUAGCAACAAAAAGGUCACGAGCUCAGUGGGAGAUGGUUCACAAAAAUAUCAAUGCACACUUAAACAAGUUUCAACAACAAGAUCAUCAUUAUGGUGGAGUGAAUGGGAUUUUGGCUUUAAGCUACAAUGAAUUGCCAUUUCAUUUAAAACCUUGCUUCCUAUAUCUUGGCCAUUAUCCAGAAGAUUGGGAGAUCUCAAAAAAGGAACUCAUUCAAUUAUGGAUUGCUGAAGGUUUCAUUUCACCAUCAUGGGAAAGCAGGGGAAUGCUAAUGGAAGAUGUAGCUGAACAAUAUUUAGAAGAGCUAAUAGAUAGAUGUUUGGUUCAAGUUGGAAAGAGGGACCAUACAGGAACAGGUGUGAAAACAUGUCGCAUACAUGAUCUCUUGAAGGACUUGUGCGUGCUAAAAGCUCAAGAGGAGAAUUUCUUGGAAAUUAUUCAGCCAUCAUUGAUCGAUAAUGAUAGUACUUCUCUUUACGUGACUUUGACAGCAUCAAUGGCACGAAGAGUUGCUAUUCAUCCUAGCAAAAGGUACGUUUCUUUGAAAGGAAAGCAUCCAAACUUACGUACUCUUUUGCUCUUUCAGAACGAAGAAUUGAUAAAAUUUCACAUUUCAAAAUGCAAUGAUUUCAAAUUCUUAAGGGUGUUGAAUCUGUUAAGAAAUGAUGUGUCCGAAUGGCAUGUGCCAAGUGAAAUUGGUAAUUUACAUCAUUUGAGGUAUUUGAAGUUAGAAUCUUCAGAAAUCAUCUUGCCACGGUCUAUUGGCAAGUUGAAGAGUUUACACACUUUAUACCUCCCAAAUGCUAAUGUAAGAAUUCCUAAUAUUUUAUUCAAGUUGAGACGUUUAAGGCAUAUUGUAUUAGGUGCUGUAUUUACAAGACAUGUGCCUUUGCUGCUAAGAGAUACUUUAAGAAAUAUCGAGACUUUAAAGUACAUAAGGGUCAUGACUUUAAUUGAAAAUAAUGCAGUGCUCGACUUGACUAAUAUUCGGAGUUUAGGAAUAACUUUUGAGAGAUCAAAAGAUGUGGAGCCUUUCCUAAGAGCAUUGAUCGAAUCACACCGCCUUUCGUCAUUGUUCAUUGAUUUUGAGGAUUCAACCACAUGUUCAAACUUGGAACCCCUUUCUCAGUGCAAUCACCUCUCAAAACUAUACUUAAGCGGAGAGAUACAAGAAGAUCCGCAUUUGAGCCAUCAUGUUUUGAAUUUUCUACCAGCAAACAUCGUCAAGUUAACUUUGUUGUUUUCUAAGAUGAACCAGGAUCCAAUGGUUGUAUUGGGAAAGCUGCCUAAUUUGAGGAUUCUUAAAUUACUUUCGAAUUCAUAUGAGGGGAGUAAAAUGGUUUGCUCUGCCAAUGACUUUCUUCAACUUGAAUUUCUUGAUAUUUGGCUUUUAUCCGAAUUAGAAGAGUGGCAGAUAGGGGAAGGCGCAAUGCCACGUCUCCAGAGUUUAAAUCUUCUGGCGCUUCAUAAUUUGAGGAUGUUUCCAGAAGGGUUGAGGUAUAUUACUGCUCUUCAAGAAAUGAAAUUAAAAUACUUUAGGAGGCCAUUGGUAGAGAGGAUUCAAGUCAUAGACGGAAGAGAAGGAGAGGAUUUCUCUAAAGUGCGCCACAUACCCUCCAUCCAAAUAAGUGAUACGCUGGAAGAUUGAAAACUCUAAUUUUGCAAUUUCAAAUCCUCAACUCAAAGUUGUUGCAGGUAAAUCUAAUCGGCAUUGAAAUACAUUUAGUGCCAAUAAGGUGGCGACUUGAUAGGAGGUGAGGUUGGAUACAUAAUUUCCAAGGAUUAUGAGGUGAUCAAGUCCUCUGCUUUUUGGUUUUCAAUGGGAUGAUUCAAACUUCUCUCUGGUUUCAUUCGGCUUUGUUUGCUUGGUGAUGCCACGGUUGUUGUGAUGUUUACUAUUGGCUGAUUUCCUCUUUUGAUUGGUUUGGACAUUUUUGCUUUGGAGCUGCCGUGGUGUCUUUGUGUUGUUGUUUUUGGAGCAUCUCCCUGGUUCUGUUUCUCUGUGAUGUUGGUUAAGGAAAUGUUAUGAACCUGGUGGUGUGCUGCUUGUGUUCCUUGUUGAUGAUGUCUUUGUCUCGGGUGUUUUCUGGUUGAGCGUUUUGGAUGAAUGAGGCUCUUUGUCUUUUCUUUUUAUGAAUUGUGAGAGCGUGUAAGUGUUGAA